CCUGCCGGAGGGAGGGUUUGAUUUAUCCUUUAUGCAGUGUAAUUCUUAUUAUUUUGGCUGAAUUUGGGUCAUUGUCUAUGAAAACUGGGUUCAGAUCAGUCUCACUGAACUAUCAUAGUUGAGGCCAUCUGAACUGCUCUGUUGACCGUAAAUAGCGAAAGCCUAAAGCUUCCCCUUUUCUUAGUUCUCACAUUCCUUUGCGCUGUAUAUAUUCGUGAAAAAGUUUGGAAUCUGAAAUUCUCCCGCCAAAAAGAGAGCGAAAAUGAAGGACUAUCAUACUCCACUAAAGGAAGAUCUCUCCAAUCGGAAAUCCAAGGAGUCUCGAUUGAAGAAGCCUCAAAAGAUCGCUAAGAAAAGCUUGAAUGGUGCGUUUGCCUCGGUUUCUGAAGAUGUUUUGUUCGAGACCGUAAAGGAAUCCAGUGAUUUCUCUGCGAUUUCAGAGAUCUCAGACGCUAAUUCUACCAGCCAAAUGGCACAAAGUUCUGUGUUGGAGUUCAAUCCGGUUCUUUCAGCUUCAUUAGAAACAUUGCCUCUCUGUGAUCUUACUCUGACUUCAAAGAUUCUCGCAACCUCUGCUGAUCCAGGCGAUGUGUCUAUGGAGCUUUACCGAUUCCAAAAACCAAACGGUUCUGUGGAGGUAGAUAUUGUGGCCAAUUUCCUCAAACAAGCUCGAACUCGGGUUUUGAAUUCGGCUAAUGCGGAUCAGCAAUCGAAGAAGCUUCUAGAUGCAUUAGUUAAGGUUGUGCUAGAUGAGUUCUUCACCGUGCCUGAACAGACAGACUGGUAUUUUGAACUUGUUUCUACGAAAGGUUAUGUUGUGUUUCUUUGCUUCUUGCUUUGGAGCCUUGCAGUGUCCGUGGUAUUCUUCUUUGGUUUGGGAGCGGAAUCCUACUGUGGACCACCACCAACUUGAAGAAGUGCAAGGAAGAGAUUAUUUUUGCUACUGAGCUCGAUGUUCCUGUACAAUCAUUUGAUAUCGGAGAUCAAGUCUUGUGAGUUAUGGAUUUUGAUUACGUAUUUGUGCUAUUGAUGCUUAAAUGAAAUACUUGGACCCACAUCCGCUAAGCUUCCAAAAUUGAUUGCGUCUUGCAUUUCCAGAGUUAGGAUUUUGAUUACAUAUUUGUGCUAUUGAUGCUUAAAUGAAAUACUUGGACCCACAUCUGCUAAGCUUCCAAAAUUGAUUGCGUCUUGCAUUUCCAGAGUUAGGAUUUCGAUUACAUAUUUGUGCUAUUGAUGCUUAAAUGAAAUACUUGGACCCACAUCUGCUAAGCUUCCAAAAUUGAUUGCGUCUUGCAUUUCCAGAGUUAGGUUUUGUGCUUAUUUUUUGUGAAUGUUUGCAUAUAGGCUAAUGGCUACUUCUGUCUUUCCUGUUUCAUUCCAAAUAUGGUUUAAUCUGUAUCCUUAUACGCCCCCCCUUUGAAUUGAGUCAUUUUAUUGCUCCAAAAUUUCUCCUCGUUGUCAUGCUCUUUGUCCAAGUAAAGCUUUUUGGUUACCACGCUGCUUUGCAUGACUUUGCUGUUUCCUGGAGCAAUGUAUCCUAUUAUGCUUUUCUAGUGGGCCAGAAAUUAAGUUUUCUAUGGUGAUACGAAGCUCAGUUUUCUCUGCAACUCUGCAUCUGUUUUGGUCGUUUUCCUGAUGUUCUCAAUAUGUGCCAUCUUUUAUAGUAGUUUCAGUGAAUGGACGCAUUCUUAACCCCUCAAGUCGUUGGUUUCCCAAUGACAUUAUGUUCACGUUGGCAUAGCAUUCUAAACUCUCCACUUUAAACUGAAUUGGAACCCGUUUCACCAGCCACUAUUGGAUGUGAUGCUUGCAUUCUUCUGCUGGCAUUAUUGAGAGUAAUUAUAUUAUUGGACCGUUAUUUGACUAUGUGCAGUUUCAACAAGAUCAUGGAUAGAUUGGUUAUUUUUUUCACUUUAUCUUCUUGUGGCCGAUAGAAAGACUAUAUUGUCCAUUGCAUUUUGACUGGACUGGGCCGAAUUGAGAGUCCAUACCUUGCUGAAGUUCGUAGCGAGUCCAUCGCUUAGUGUCCCUGACUGAUCUGAUGAUUGCAGCUCUUAAUAAUUUUUUUUGGCAGAUCAGCUCUUAAUAUUUUAAUCAUUGAUAUUGUUUAUUGUCCGGAAACAAUAGGGGCAUUUUUCAUAUCCAUUAACGAACGAAGCUUAUUCCAACUAGACUUCCUAAUUAUUUAACCCAUUGGUUUUAAUUAAAAAAGAAUUUAUGUUUUAUUGAUCGUAUAAAAUUAGUCUAUAUUUAUGUUUGUUGCUGUUAUGUUUUUGUCAAUAUUAUUCAAAAUGGAAAUUAAUCAUGUACAGGAAAUUUUCUUAUUCUUCACUCUCUUUUCAUUGGAUGAGCUACACAAUGAAGAUAGCUACUUCUCAUAAAUUCUCAUAAAUAUUACAUGAACGUGAGAUUCAUAGAGAUCCUAAAUCUGGGACAAGAUUUUUUUUUUUUUUUUUUUUUUUUUUAGGGAAGGAGGGGUUAAUAUGAUUUAUGAUAAGGAAAAGGAAUAUGUAAAAAGAAUUUAAGCAAUCAUUUAUUUUUCCAAUAUGAUUUUUUUUAAAGAAAAUUGCUGUCUAAGAUUUUUUUUUUUAAAUUUGAUUUUAAUUCGUACUUAAAAUUCCCUUAUUUGAAAAAGUAACAUGUACUGUUAUUUACUAUUUCUUAGCGUUGAUUAGGAUAUUUGU